AUGUACCGGACCACGUCUGCCACUGCCGACCAGCAGCAGCAGCAGCAGCAACAACAAUAUUACAGCCAGGAGCCUCGAUCGUACUCUCAAGAGUUUGUUGCCAUGCCGGUGUCGCCCCACGGCUCAGAAGUGUCGGACGGGUAUGCGAGGCGGCCCGCGUCUAGGGGCAUGACGUCGCACUCAGCACACAGACCAUCGAUUCCACGCGCCCCGUCCGUAGGGUCUACUUACAGCAUCUUCCCACCGCCGACGAAGCCGCUUCCCCCGAUUCCGAUGAAAGGAAGGAGGGCAGCAAGGGCGCCUUCGCAAGAUUCGUUUGACAAGUCAUCGGCCAGCGGCGACCGGUACUCGCGGUCCUCCAUCGCAACAUCCAACCCCGAUACCGCGCCGACCCAGACGCUGUCUUACAUUUCCGACACGCAACAGGCACCGAAUGCCAUAAAUACGGCCCGCCAGAGAUCCAUCCCGGAAGUGAAGCCAUCCAAAGCUUCCAUCGCAUCGACCACGUCGUUUGACCUCGGCUUCGACAAGCAAAUCGUCUCGGACGACAAGCGCAUCAACAACAGCGUCUUUUACCUCGACGUUUCGCCGGCGUCGAAGAUCCUGGCCAGCAAGCAUGGCAACAACAUCCUCAAACUAUGGGAUCUCGAGACCGGCGCGCUCGAGAACUCGAUCAAGUUCACCUCGUACACGGAAGCACAGUCGCGAUCGCGAGACUACCUGAUCAGAAGCCACUCCAUCGUUUCGGAAGCAUCCAACCUCGUGGCCAUCGCGACUCGCUUCGGCAGGACGAUAGAGAUCUGGAACUGGGGAAAGAAAAAGUGCCUGCAGACCAUCGACGACGCGGACAGAUGGACCGCUGCGAGCACCGAGGCGUACGGUGGAGGAUGCAGCCCCCUGGCUGUGUAUCGCGGCGACGACAGUCGGAUUGACAUCUUUACGGCGACACAAGACAAGAAGCCGUUCGCUAAGCAACGAUCCAUCGACCUGAAGCAAGCCAACCUACCGUUUGUGCCCCAAUAUCCCGAGCUGGCCCUCUCGGCAACGAGUCCGCUUCUGGUCGCAGCAGCUGGGCCGAGGCCACCACGCCGCGGCCAACCGCCACCGGACAAGGAGACGCUGCUCGUCGCAUGGGACACCAACACUGAUGGGUACGGCUCCAACAAGCCUUUCCGGGUGGCACGACCAUGGCAGCACGAAGAGAUUGGCACCGCCAUCCCCUGCGAUCUCUGCGCAUAUGGCAGCGUCGUGGUCUCGAUCUGGAUCCCGGCCGGGUUCCGCGCAGUGCCGGUGCCCCCGUCGCGAGACGGAACAGGGUUCAAGCUGGUACCCGUCAAGGUGCCCUCGCGAUACGUGCUGGUGUGGGACCUCUCGGCCAACUCGACGCACACGUUCGCGAUACCCAACUGCGCGGCGUGCAUAUCCCCCGACUGCCGGUAUGUCGCGUACUGCCACGCCAGCGGCACGGGCAUCGGGGCGCGGGGCUGCGUGUGCGUGCUGGACGUAGUUGACGGGCGGGAGGUCUGGUGCUGGCCCGACAAGGACGCUCUCGCCAUCGACAGCGGGCCGAAACCUGGGUUUGAGCAGUUCAACGAUUUGUCCUCGGUCUCGGAGCUGGCGUUCUCCGCCGACGGGAGGUCCCUGAUCAUGGCGGACCGAAAUGGCCGGAUCGGCGUGUAUAACGUGCGGGAGCAACGAUAA